AUGUCUCUUCCUAUAAAAAAAAUACCAUUUCCCCCAUCUAUUAACGUAGAUAAAAUAAUACAAAUGCAUUUAAAAAAUGGCAUUAAGAAUGUCAAUGAAACAAUGAAUGCAUUCAUGAUUUAUCGUAAUGAAUUUAAUCACGUUCACCAAAACUUUAACCUUUCAUGUAAAAAUGUGUCAAAAUUAGCAAGUAAAUCUUGGAAAAAUGAGCCAGGAUAUGUUAAACAACAUUACAAACAGAUAUCUAAAGAGGUUAAGAAACGCUUUAAAAAAAUCGUCCCUACACCUUUUUUCAUUAGCAAAUUUGGGACAAGCAACCAAGUUGGUACAAAUGAUGCUUUUCUAGAAACUAAUCUUCCUAUAGAUCAAAACUUAUCAGACACUAUUUAUUCUAGUCACCAAUUUAUUAAUACGGGUCCUACGAACCAGAUCUCUCCAGACAUUAUCUGUUAUAAUUCUCUACUUAUGAAUACAGAACAAACCUCUUUAGGUACUACCUGCUAUAAUUCUCCACCUUCAAACCCACAAGACGCUAUUUAUUCUAGCUACCCAGGUGCUACCCACUCUAAUCUUCUUGUGGACCAAUUCUCUCAAGAAUUUACUUUCGCUGAUCCUUCGAAGAUGGACCAAAUCUCUCCGGACAUUAACUGUUUUAAUUCUUCAUUUAUACCAUUUAUAAAUGCUCUAGGCGCUACCCAUGUUAUUUCUCCACCUUUUGUGGAUCAAUACUCUCAAAUUACUUUCCCUGAUCCUUCAGAUAUGGACCAAAUCUUCCCUGGCAUUACACGUCAUAAUUUGCCAUUUUUAAAUGUUCUUGACAUCUCCCACGUUAAUUCUCCACCUUCAAACUCUCUCAAUAAUAUUUACUCUAGUCAAAAUUCUCUAGAUGCUACCAACUCUCGUCCUCCCAUGGUCCAAUACCCUCUAGAAAUUACUUUCCUUGAUCCAAAUAUGGGACAAAUAUUUCUAGGAAUUAACUGUUAUAAUUCUCAACUUAUGAAUACGGAUCAAAACUCUCCAGAUGCUACCUACUAUAAUUCUGCAAGAAUUGACU